UCAUUGUCCACUUUUGCUGGCGAAAAUAUCAUGAUUUCGGCGAAAAUCCGAAGCAACUAUAUAUACUUCGAAAAUUGCAUAUGAUCAGAUAUUAAUUCAAAUGAUUUAGAACAUACAAAUAAAUUUUGGAGUUAAAUAAUUUAUUUCAAAAUUUCGAAAGAAAUUGAUUGACAUGUCGAUAUACAAAAAAUACAUAAAGAACGAGCCCAGAUGGAAGGAUAUUUAUGAAACAUGUCCUGAAGUCCCAUCAAUUUCAAAAGGACAAAUGACUUUGAAGGUUCCUAUCACUGUAUUCCAUGAUAACAGGAAAAGACUAUUAAAGGAACUGCGGAAAGGUAGACCACACGCUAUCGUAGUCAUCCAAGCGGCUGGUUCUACAUGCUGCCUUGCUAAAAGAACCUAUGUACAGGACUCUAAAUUUUUCUGGUCAUUCGGGUACCAAAAAUCUGCAGCCAUUGGUAUCAUCGAUGUAUUCAAAAAUAAAUCAUAUUUAAUUAUUCCACGUUUAAGCUGCGAUUUGGAAUGUUGUAAGAAACAAGCUAUGAGGAGAGAAAUAAAAAAACAAUUUUGGGUGAAUGGUGUUUAUUAUUUGGAAGAACUUGAAUCAUUGCUGGAAUAUUUAUGGGAAACUGAUUGCAGUGAAUUUCUAAUAUUGGACUAUCAGAAACCGGAACUGCCAGCAUGUAUGUUUAAGUAUGAAGUCGAGUCUAACGAACUUCGCCAAGUCAUGCAUAACCUCAUGGCAUACAAGACAGAAAAAGAGAUAAAAAUUUUGUGUUAUAUUGCAAAGAAUUUAGAGAGUGCCCUAAUUCAAAUCAUUCACAGGCUCAGGCCAGGCAUGACUCACAACCAGUUGGAAGCUUGGUACUGUUUCUUCAUGACCUACAAGAGUGGUUUUGAUCAGCUGACGUUCUGCAUUUUUUCUGGAAGUGAUAAAAUGGAUCACGAUUCGUACAUAAGACGAUCUUAUUUCUCUAGGCGAGAAAGAGUGUUCAAAGAAGGUGAAGUGUGCAUUAUAGAAGCGGGGGCAUCCUAUUUUGGUCAUAAGCUAUCUUUGGGGAUUGUCAUACCUGUAAGCGAAAACUUUAACCGUUUCCAGAAAAAAGCAUACGAAGCAAUGUUAGGAAUGAGGCAAUGUAUCUUUCAGGAUUUGAAAGUAGGUUUGCCUAUGGAAUGUCUACGUAGAACCGCAGAAAAAUAUCUCCUAAAAUUUUUGGUCGAAUCUGACUUACUACGUGGUACAGUUGAAGGGGCAUUUGAAAAUGGCGUAGCCAGACUUCUGAUACCUUCUCGUCUUGUCCGGUCUAUGGACGUAGGUUGCAAAGAUCUUAAGGAACUGGAGUUAGGAAAGUCAUACUUAAUUCAAUCUGGUUGUUAUUUCGCUAAGCGUACAUUGGACGAGGUCUACCAGAAUUCAGUUUUUGUGCAGUAUCUUACGCCUAACCUGCGUGAUUACGAAGACAUCGUGGUCAAAGUGAGCGAUCCGGUUAUUAUUACGACUGACGGUUUUAGAUUUUUGUCCAAUAUGCCCAGAGAUUGGUGUAUCAUAAGGGACAUGAGGUUAGAAGACGAAUUUAAAAAAAGUGAUUCAACUAUUGAAGUUGAAAAACAAAACUUGAUGGUUAGGCCAAGUUUAUUUACCGUCUGCCCAUGACAGGUCAUUUCGAUGUUAAUAUUUAAUUAUAAAAGUAAUUAAUGUUUUUUUCAAGAUUAUUGGUCUACUUAGAUGUUUAUAAAUAAAUAAGUAGUAUAUAUACAUAUAUUAUAUCGAAUUACAAACACAUGGUUAAAAAAU